UCGCUGACAUUCGCGGGGCUCUUCGGCGCUCCGGCAUCGCCUGCCGCCAAACUAGCCAUGGACAACGCUGCGCGCCUCGCUGCCGAGCUUCAGGAGAAACUCACCGAGCUCGACGGCAAGGUCGCCGCCUACCAGCGCGACCUCCUAGCUGAGUUCCACCGACACAUGGACGAUUGUCUCAAGAACUACCCGGCCCACGUCACCAACGAGGUGUCUCGAGUCAUCGCCGAGUCCAUGUCCACGGGGAGGUAUCCGGCGUUGAGCCCAGCCAGGAGCGGCGUGCCAGAUUCGCCCGCAGCCGCAAUUGGCCGUAGCCCGUGGGACGGCCGCAAGUCUCCGCCGCCUAUUUUGCCCCAUACCUCGGGCACGCCGAGGGAAGGCCCGCGUAGUCCGCACGCACGGGAGAGAGAGUUUCAGGGCUUAUUCACGCCAACCUACUUGCCCCUGCUGGAGAGCAACCACCGUCCCGACCGCUCGCCCCCAAUGUCACCGCCGCCGACCAUUGAAGGCCCAGCACUUGCGCUGUCCGUCGACAAUGUGAGGCAGGUGGAGGAAGCCAAGCAGCCUGCCUGCUCUGGUAGUGAUGGCAAGCCAAGCGCGAUUCGGCGGCUGACCGACCGGUCCACGUCGUCCAUUGAGUCGGGUGGCAGUGAUUCGAAAACGCGCAGGAGCGCGCUGCGGCGGUCGUCGAGCUCAGUCAAGGGCAGCCCCCGCAGGGUGCGUUUCAAGUUUGAGGGCGAGGAGGUGUUUCCAGUAUCUUCUUCCCCCAAGGCUCCCGCCGUGACUCUGGUCGUGGAAGCCUUGGAAAGCGGGGCGAACACCCAGCCUCAGGCAGAGGCACCGGUGUUGGCCACCCAGGAUGAGUCAAUCGAGUACUCGGGCCCCUCCCUGCUGGACGUUGAAGGGGAAGAGGACCUGCUCCCAAAACCGAGGAAGGUGUCGUCAACACAAGCACUGCAGGCACUUACCCGGAGUCCGCUGGAGGAGGGAACCGUCUGGACAGUGGUCAAUCCGGACACCGACGAGCCUGCAAAGAUGAACAGCGAGAAGAAACCAGCAGCACCACCACUGGCGACGAAGGUUGACUCUGAGGAGAUUGCUCUUCCAGAGGAGGAGCAGAUCAACGGCUUUCUCGGCUCACCGCUCGAGGAACUGGCGGCCAAUGAGGACGAGGACGAGGAUGAGUCCGACGAAGAGUUCCUGUCGAUGAAACCGAAGCCGAAGUCGCCGUCCCCCGCCGGAAAGACCCCCUUUGCUCCGCCACCAGCGAAGGCCGCUAGAAUAUCCGAGCAACACACCACCAACGGAAAGCCCCCAAUAGACGUAGACGAGAAUCAGGACCCUCUCUUUGAUUUCGACGACGAAGCCGGCCCCUCAUCGACUCGAAAGUACCUCCCCGACGAAGAAGACGACUCCGACUUGGACGCCAUCCCAGGCCGCCUGCGCAAAGCAGCCCGCGACGAAGCAGCCGCCGCCUCGUCAGCCGCAAACAACCUACCGCCCGUGUCGCCCUCCUCUGUACUCUUCGGCCACAGCAUCGGGUCGUACAUGGGCCGGUCCAUGACGAUAGCCCCAAUUAAGGACCCUAAGCUGUACGACGAGAUCGCGGGUAUGAAGGAUGUGGAGUUUUUUGUGGGCAGUAUCCACGACCGCAGCGAGACGGAGCUGGCGAGGGGAAGUUAUAGUGCAUCGGCUCACCUCGCGAGAGGGGCUACGCCGAGGAGCUUUUCGGAACGGUUGGCUCUGGAAGAGGAGAUGGAGCGGAGGAGGGCGGCGGGGGAGGCGGAUGUGGAGGGGGAUGAUGACUUCUGA